UUUAAUUUUUUUCUUGUUUUCUUAUUUAAUUUAUUCGUAGUUACUUCUGCUCUUAUUAAAGUUGGUUAUUAAUGCCUUGAUACUGUAUUUUUGAUUUAUUAUGAAUAAAAUUGUUUCGAUGACUGUAACAAGAGAGCUAUAUAUAUUUAUGUAUACUGUUGUUCUGCAUCUUUAGUUACACACAUAGGUAGAUUGUAGGUAUACAUUAUAUAUUUGAAUAUAGGUAUAUAUUCAUACUCACAAUAGGUAGAAGAAUAAAACAGAAAAAAAGCAGAAAAUCGAAGUAAUAAAAAAUGAUUGUUCUGAAGAUGUAAAAACAUGUGCCUGGCAUCUUUUGGUCCCUCUCGUCCCGUGACGCGCGUUACGGAAAUUCUCACGUGGGGGAGAUUCAGUCAGUGCUGUUGGGCUCCGCUCUUCAAGCGUAAACACAUAAAAUGCAGGACAGACGAUUUCUCGGGGCGAACAGUCCCUCUCCCUUCCAGCCAUCGAUGAACGAAGAAGAAAAAACAAGGAUAACAAGGCGCGCGCGGAUACAGAGUCACAGCCACGUAGAUUUUCCCUUGGGUUGGUGGAGGCGUUGGAAAAGAGUCGCGUCGGAGAGCGGAGGGGCGGCCACGACCGAAGGUGGGAGAUUAUGCGUGACCAAGGAGAGGGAGCACACACACAUAGCAAUGCAGCUACGGGGGCGGUGGCUGGCGUUCAUCCGCCAUCUACGUUUCCUCUCUCCUUCUUAAACACUUCGACACCCGCGCUGUCUGUCACUGUCUUACUUGUUUUAUCGUUUGCACGCGCGCGCCUUGGGGUGGACGCUCACCGCGCCGCCCCUCCGCGCAUCGCCCGCUGCUGGCUGAUGCCGAUAUUUUGUUCGCACGGCAACUUUCUGGCUCAGUCGUUCGAGUCGACGGAGAGACGAGUUUUUACAGCGUAUCGCAAUUCUGCCUUAUUGUACCCCCGAGAAAGUCCUGCCAUGCCCUAACGCACAGGAAGCAGACAUCAGACGAGUGUUAUCUUGUGAUUGGAGAGUCGAUCGUAAUCAACACCAGUGGGAGGGAACGUCGAAGCUGAAUAAAAAAAAACAAGGACACCUGCCUACCAAUUCUAAUUGUGAGGUGCAGUAACGAUAAUGAUAGACUAGAGCCGUAGCUGAAUAUUAGCAUUGCUCAAAAGAAUAAGGAGCUCAAAAUUAAGAUUUAGAUGUCCAGCACAAAACUCGGAAUCAUGAAAGCGGUUGCCGCAGUCGUCAUUACAACAGCGAAUGGAGAGACUGCCCUGGGAGGAGUCCACAGCUAUCAAGAGCGCCAUCGCCUUUUGUCUUGAAGUUAAACGCAGCCCUGUUUUUCGUUUUUUGCCAUCCUUGUCCUCACCUGUAUACAUCCUACCCUCAACUUCAUUCGUGUCUUGCUCUACGAUCUUAUAACUGAAUGUUAUUGAUCUUUUAAAAGAGUGAGAGGUACACGCGUAAUUGGUGCUAUUUGGUGACGUGAUCUUCCCACCCCAGGAGGUGCCAAUAAAACUAACUUCUGAUCAACAGAGAGAGUUAUAGGAGAUAAGACGAUAGACUCUGUUGAGCUUAAAGCAGUCGUAUGAGUGCACGUGAAUAUGAGCAUGACUCUCGUACGAAACUCGUUUAAAGGGUGUAAUGAGAAUGAGGCAGGUGCUGACGCGGAAGUGGGCGGUUGCGCAGACGGCGUAGUUAAUGGUGGGAAAGGCGGUGGCGGUGGUGUUGAAGGCGGUGCAGAAGGAGGCACCACCACUACGGCCCAUAACAGCAGGCAGCCGCCGUGUGAGCGAUGCCCACAGUGCGGCGUCGUUUGCCGAAACUCGCGUACGCUCCAGCUCCAUCUUGAGGACCAACACAAAGCAGUUACAACCUACGCCAUUGACAAACACGACCUUCAAGCGCAAUUCUCUCAAGUUUCGUGUAAAGUAUGCAGUAAGACUUUUGCAAAUGUAUACAGAUUACAAAGGCACAUGAUCAGCCACGACGAAAGUGCGGUACUCCGCAAAUUUAAAUGUCCUCACUGUGAAAAAGCCUUUAAAUUUAAACAUCAUCUUAAGGAACACUUAAGAAUACACAGUGGAGAGAAGCCCUUCCAAUGCAACAACUGUGGCAAACGAUUCUCACACUCGGGCUCUUAUUCAUCGCAUAUGACAUCGAAAAAGUGUCUUAUUGUCAAUCUAAAAAAAUCCAGACUUAAUUCUAUCAGUACCGAAGUCAAAAUCGAGAAAGUCUCCAAUAGUAAGAAAUUCCAACAGCCGCAGCAACAGCGACAACAACCGCAAAGCCAACAGCAACAACAAAGAAAUCAUCAGCAACACCAACAACAGUUGCUUCAUGUGAGGCGCGACAUCGAGUUACUUUCUGCUAACAAUAAUACUUUUUUGCCAAUUUUGCCAAAACUCUCUCCCUCAGAUUAUCAAGAUAUACAACAUGAAGCAGCGGGUUUCUAUGAUAUUCCUACACUACUGCCUCAUAUGAUAGGUUUCGGAAACUAUUUUAUUCAGUCGUCCCUCGGUAAAAUUCUCAGCCAAUUACAUGCUAAGCAACAAGAACAACAGCAGCAGCAACAGCAAUAUCAUUACCAUCAUAACAAUCACAGCGGGCAUAAUAAUUACCAAUGCAAUUAUCGUCUGGAUGAAGUAGGUUGUGAGCACUACGAUGUUCUCAGUCAACAGAGUGAAACUGCUCUUAGUCCCUCUACAACAGCUCCUGACUCAGAAGGGGCGACUACUGAAGGUACUGAAGGUGGAAAAGAGUCACCUGCACCACAACCUGGAUUGCUGCAAUUUGAUCAUCCCGAUCACUCCGGUCUCGACGCUGUAAGACGAUUAUUAGAAACCGUGAAUAGCUCCGUCACAAAACAAUUAUUGGAAGCUAAUGUUAGGAAGCUUUCAUCACCUGCCAUGUUUAUUAAACAUGAAAUCGUGGAGGAAUAUCAGGAUCAAGACAGUGAACUGUCGAGUGAGAUGGCGCAUUACCCCGUCGAGUGGUCGGUUAUGGAACAAUGCGAUUCACAAAAUGAAAGCUUUGUUGCGAAGCUCGAGGAGGUUCGUCAAAAGGUGGCACCAUCGCCGCGUCAAGCUACUAAACGCAGGAUUGAGAGUAACGGUCUCUCUGCGCACACUUCGGAGGCCGAUACUGACGACGAGGAGCUAUUGCAACAACAUCAUGAAGAUGCUCCUGGAAUUGAUGUUGGAAGUGGCAGUGCUGGUAGUGCACGUAGAGUUAGAGCACGAUCGCUUAUUGAUGAUGAACAGCUUGCUGUUCUUAAGGGUUACUAUGCCAUCAACCCACGACCUAAGAAAGAGGAAAUCACUAUGAUCGCUAACUAUAUUCAUUUCCCCACACGAGUAGUUCAGGUUUGGUUUCAAAAUUCUCGAGCAAGAGAUCGACGAGAGGCAAAAAUACCGGGCUUGGUACCACUUUCAAGUCUUAGCAAUCACGUAUUUAACGAUCAGCCUCUUGAUCUAUCAAAGAAAGAUGUCUUUAGAACAAUAUUGCGAACGAAGGAUAAUAGUGAUACUUCAAGCAGGAAUACCGCCUCGCCGUGUGGUCUAAAAGAAGACACCCAUUUACCCAAAGUGUUAACCAAUAAUAAUGUGGAGCGCGAAGAUGUUGAAGAGUUUCCUCUCAUCAUUGACGAAGAAACUACUGAUUUUGUUGAGAGUAAGCAACCAACUAUGAACUCCGAAGUUGUCAUUAAGACUCAAUCGCCAAUUUUGCAAAUUAAGAAUGACGUUGAGCCAAGAAUAGCUGUGGAUCCUCCACUGCAAAGUGAGAUGGAACAGGAGGGUCUAUUCUUUUGUAAUCAAUGCGAUAAAACUUUUUCUAAACAUAGUUCUCUUGCAAGACACAAAUAUGAACAUUCCGGACAAAGGCCAUACAAGUGUCAAGAGUGUCCGAAAGCUUUUAAGCACAAGCAUCACCUGACAGAACAUAAGCGACUACAUAGUGGUGAGAAACCUUUCCAGUGCUCAAAGUGCCUCAAGCGCUUUUCCCACUCUGGUUCCUACAGCCAACACAUGAAUCAUCGUUACUCAUACUGCAAGCCUUACAGAGAAUAAAUAAAUACUUUUGCCAAAGUGGAAAAAGUGAGAGGGUAAUAUAAAAGAUGAAAAUGCGCUAUAUCAUCUUCUAUAAGAAAAAGUAAAAUGAUGAAAAAAGAUUAUUAUGUUAUAUAUGCACGUUAUGUAGAUUUAUAAAAGCUUAAGGAAAGCAGUAAAGAAUGAUUCUCAUAUAGGAAAAUGUAAAGGAAAGGUAGAAAUUUGUUUAAAGAAAUUCAUUGUGGUAUAGAAUAACCACAAGACGUAACGGUACCAAAAAUGCUUAAUGCAAUAAUCUAUUAUAUAUAUAUAUAUA